AUGUUACGUAAAACCUUAAGACAGAGAAGAGAGUAUUUAUUCCUCAAAUCCAGAGAAAAUAAGGAUAAAUAUUCACUAAAGAAGGCCAGAGAGUUAAAUGAAGCCUUAAAAAAUAAUAAACCUAUUCCUACAGAGUUAAGGAACCAAAGUGGAGUCGUUCAGCCCUCAUUGAAUCUACUUGAUUCCAAAAGAAGAGAAGAAUACAAUCAUGCGGAUAACGAAUACGCUUUUUGCGGAUAUAAGGACCCGAAAGUUCUUAUAACCACGUCAAGGAAUCCAUCCAGCAGACUAACGCAGUUCGCAAAGGAGUUUUGCUUGAUAAUCCCAAAUUCAGAACGCCUGAAUAGAGGUUCAUAUAUUUUAAAAGAUUUGGUCGAAUUUUGUAGAUCGAAAGAUGUCUCAGAUAUGGUUCUGAUCUAUGAAACAAGAGGUAAGCCCAAGUCAAUGAUCAUAACUCAUCUUCCACAUGGGCCAACAGCUUAUUUUCAACUCUCAGACGUGGUUCUGAGACACGAUCUGACUGAAAAACUACCGACGAUGUCCCAAGCAUACCCGCAUCUAAUGUUCCAUAACUUCACAAGCCCGCUCGGCGAAAGGUUGAAAGAUAUCAUAAGGUACAUGUUCCCGCCUGCAAAUACAAACGAGACUAGAAUAAUGUCGUUUGUCAACGAAAAGGAUAAAAUCGUAUUUCGCCACCAUGUUUGGACGGAAAAAAAGAUUGGAGCUGAAGAUAAAAAGAUUUCCUUGAAGGAAAUAGGACCAAGAUUUGUAUUAAAGCCAUUUAAAAUAGAACUUGGAACAGUAGACAUGCGUGACCUUGAAACUGAGUGGGUCUUAAGACCCUAUUUUAAUACUCACAAACCAGUCCUAGCCUGA